GAGCCACUGGUCUCAAUGCGGAUCGGGCUAUGACCGCCUCCGUGCUCCUCCACCCCCGCUGGAUCGAGCCCGUCAUGUUCCUCUACGACAACAGCCUGGAGGAGAUCAACAAGAACAUGGAAGCCGGCUUCCACGCGGCGGCGGCGGCCAACCAGUGCCGCAACCUGAUGGCGCACCCCGCGUCCCUGGCCGGGGCCCCGGGCAGCGCCGCCGCCUACUCCUCCGUCGAGGCGCCGCCCGCCGGCAUGGCCGAGCCCGGCCCGCCGGGCAAGCAGUGCAGCCCCUGCUCGGCCGCCGCCCAGAGCCCCGCCGGACCCGCCGCCGCCCUGCCCUACGGCUACUUCGGCGGCGGCUACUACCCGUGCCGCGUGGGCCACCACAACGCCGCCCUCAAGUCGUGCGCCCAGCCCGCCGCCUCCUUCGCCGACAAGUACAUGGACACCUCCGCCGCCGCCGCCGCCGCCGCCGCCGCCGCCGGGGAAGACUUCCCCUCCCGCGCCAAGGAGUUCGCCUUCUACCAGGGCUACGCCGCCGGGCCCUACCAGCCCGUGCCCGGCUACCUGGACAUGCCCGUGGUGCCCACCAUCGCCGGGCCCGGAGAGCCCCGCCACGACUCCAUGCUGCCCAUGGACGGCUACCAGCCCUGGGCCCUCGCCAACGGCUGGAACGGGCAGGUCUACUGCCCCAAGGAGCAGAACCAGCCGCCCCACCUCUGGAAGUCCUCGCUGCCGGACGUGGUUUCCCACCCCUCAGAUGCCAACUCCUACAGGCGUGGGAGAAAGAAACGGGUGCCUUAUACGAAAGUCCAGUUAAAAGAACUCGAAAGGGAAUAUGCUACAAAUAAAUUCAUUACCAAAGACAAGCGAAGGAGGAUAUCGGCCACUACGAAUCUCUCAGAGAGGCAGGUCACAAUCUGGUUCCAAAACAGAAGAGUCAAAGAGAAAAAAGUCAUCAACAAAUUGAAGACGACGAGUUAAUGAGUU